GGAUCAGGGUACAGAUUUUCACUUGUGUGUCAGCGGAUGAUGCCAUUUGAAACUCGGCUUCUGCUGAUAAGCGUGGGACCAUCUGCCUAGCGCAGCUCAAAUAUUUCAGCACUGGGAGAGCAGCUCUGACUUCUGAGACUCGCCUGCAGUCAUCCUGGGAGAUGCUGGGACCGGGGACCUGGCGGGCUAGCUGGGUAUGGAUGCCACAGGAUUCAAAGGAGCCAUCCCCUUGCUGUCACCUCUGACCCUUCCUGAGCAAAGGACACCAGUGAGUCCACGCUCCAGUGUGUGGAGUUGUUCAGAUGCUCUUGACAAGCGCAGAGGUGCUUCCAUGAGAAACAGGAAGGGAAUGAAAUUCCCCGAUGCUGCCCAUGUUACUGACUGAUGAUACCACCAGCUGCCCCAGGCCUCCAGCCCUCUGUCCUCGGCUGAGCUCCCCACCACUGUGCUCUCCACCAGGACCUGCUAGGAUGAGCUGUCCUUCUGCUCCGACUGUCACCGCCAGCCAGGUAAACAUGCAGUCUGCAACUACAGUUACUCUGUAACGAGAUGGGCGUCUGGACAAAGAGUCUGCUGUCCUAGAGCUGGGUUUACCUGGAGACGUCCCCAGACCAGUCAUCCUGCCAGAGAGAAAAUGGCCUGAAGUGGUCCAGCGCAAGAACUCCUCAUGGACCAAUCAAAUAUGACAUCCUUUGCUGAGGAGAAAGCCAUGAAUACCUCCAGCAGAAAUGCCUCCCUGGGGACUUCACACCCACCCAUUCCCAUAGUGCACUGGGUCAUCAUGAGCAUCUCUCCUCUGGGCUUUGUGGAGAACGGGAUCCUCCUCUGGUUCCUUUGCUUCCGGAUGAGGAGAAAUCCCUUCACGGUCUAUAUCACCCACUUGUCCAUUGCUGACAUCUCCCUCCUGUUCUGUAUUUUUAUUCUGUCCAUCGACUAUGCUUUAGACUAUGAACUCUCCUCUGGCCAUUACUACACAAUCGUGACGUUAUCGGUGACUUUUCUAUUUGGCUACAACACAGGCCUCUAUCUGCUGACAGCCAUCAGUGUGGAGAGAUGUCUAUCGGUCCUCUACCCCAUCUGGUACAGAUGCCACCGCCCCAAGCACCAGUCGGCAUUCGUCUGUGCCCUCCUGUGGGCACUUUCAUGCUUGGUGACCACCAUGGAGUACGUCAUGUGUAUUGACAGCGGAGAAGAGAGUCGCUCUCAGAGUGACUGUCGGGCGGUCAUCAUCUUCAUAGCCAUCCUCAGCUUCUUGGUCUUCACUCCUCUCAUGUUAGUGUCCAGCACCAUCUUGGUGGUGAAGAUACGGAAGAACACAUGGGCCUCCCAUUCUUCGAAGCUGUACAUUGUCAUCAUGGUCACCAUUAUCAUAUUCCUCAUCUUCGCCAUGCCCAUGCGGGUCCUCUACCUGCUGUACUACGAGUACUGGUCAACCUUUGGGAACCUGCAUAACAUCUCCUUGCUUUUCUCCACCAUCAAUAGCAGCGCCAACCCUUUCAUCUACUUUUUUGUGGGCAGCAGUAAGAAGAAGCGCUUCAGGGAGUCCUUAAAAGUGGUCCUGACUAGAGCUUUCAAAGACGAGAUGCAACCCAGGCGCCAGGAGGGCAAUGGCAACACUGUAUCUAUUGAGACUGUGGUCUGAGGACUGCAGGGGAAGUCGUGGACAGAAACAGCUGAAUGUGGGUGGCUUUCGAUUUGUGCUUGGAAUGCAAUUUAAGUCCAUUUAAAUUUCCUAAAUCUGAUAAGAAGGAAGCAUUCUACAUGCAUGGGGAUCUAAUUGAUAAUGAGCUUGUGUUGCUACUUAGUAUCUUCUGGAAAUGCUUCCAUACAUGACGGGACUCUGUCUUUUCUAUCGUUAUCAAAGACUCAUUCUUCUCUUAGCUGUCCAGUAGUGAUCAACAGUUAACUAUAAAAACUGCCCUAGCAGGAACUAUCUGAAUUGUGACCUGGAGAACCUGGGGAGGCUGUGUGAUGACUGCUGUGUGCUCCUAGGUGACCUCAGGCAAGUGGCUUCGGAGAGCCUGAUUUCCCCUCUUAGUGGAAAUAGUGACAGUCUGUACUGCUUAGGUGAGUGUCCAGUAUGAUGAGGUAGGCAAAGCACCCACCUCACUGUCAAAGUUCAAUAAAUAUCCGUCUCUCCUUGUCCUUUAACUAGAA